GUCAUGGGUCGCAUGGCCGAAGCGGACACAUUUUACCAGAGCGCGCUGGAUGGCUUCAAGGCGGCGUUCGGCCCUUCGCACCCCACCACGCUGGCUGCCGUGUACAGUCUCGCAGGCCUGCUGCAGGCGAGGGGAGCGGGGCCGUGGGCCGAGCGCCUGUUGCGCGAGGCGCUGGCCGCGUGCGACGGGGAGUUGGGCGCGGAGCACCCGGACACCCUCGCCUGUCUGAGCGCGCUGGCGCGCCAGCAGGUGCAGGCCACGGGCGGCGCCGGGGCGCUCGGCAGCGAGGCCGUGCUGGGCUCCAGCCACCCGGACACGCUGGCCAGCAUGGCCGAGCUCGCGGACCUCCUUCGCGAAAAGGGCCAGGAUCCGUUCCUUUUUUAG